AUGAAGAAAGAAGUGGAUGGCACAGUGAAGACUUGGAAAGAAACCAAAAUGAAACUGGGAUUUGACUAUGCACACCCGAUCUAUCAAGCUUGCAACACCAAAGAUGACCUGAGAACUUUCUGGACUAAAUGGAUCCAAAGGAAACAUGCCCACGACGUGUUUCUGGACCUUUAUUUUGCGCAAGAGACUCAGAAUCCUGGCCCCCUGAGUGAACUGACAAUUCAUUUAAUACAGUCCAACUCUUCUGAGGACCGUUAUCUCAAAUUAGGGGGCCCAGCAGUUCAUACCCUCAUCGCUCCACGACCAUUCUCAGAAACAGCACAGAUAGCUGAAAUAGAGGAACACUUGUACCGUGUCAAGGCUCUGCCCCUGGGAAAGAUCUCACGAAACGGCUUUCACGUUGGCUUCUCCUAUAAUGGCCCAUGCAUAUUCAUAGCGUUUGUCCGGCUUUUCUACCUGAAGUGCCCUGCGUUGGCAAUGAACCAGACUAAAUUCAGCGAAGCUAUUGGUGGAUCUGGGUGGAUACGGGGCGACUGUGUGGAUGGUGCAGUAGAGACGGGCACUCUCAUUAGGGAAUGCAAGGCGAAUGGGGAAUGGGGACCUCCACACGGAAAGUGUGUCUGUGCAGCCGGUCACCAGAAUGUGGGUGACUCUUGUGAUGCCUGUCGUUUGGGAAGCUUCAAACCAGCCGAUGGCAGUGGUCCGUGUCAUCCCUGUCCAGUCCACAGCAGAACGUAUGGUGACGGUGCUUCCGAGUGUGAAUGUGAACGGGGAUUCUCCAGACUGCCGGCAGAUCCAGAGCAUAUGGGAUGCACAAGGCCCCCUUCUGCACCAGUUAAUGUAACCUUUCACUACCUGAAUGAUUCUACACUGGCCCUGCAGUGGGAGGAGCCAUAUGACCUUGGUGGACGGGGAGAAGUGACCUAUGAUGUAGAGUGCAUGCAAAGAAAGGCCACAUCUGAGCAAGUUUGGUCUAGGUGUGGAGAGGACAUAUUCUUUUAUCCAGCAUCCAAAGAACUCACCUUAAAUACAGUGAAUGUGUCUGGAUUUCGAACACAUGUCACAUACAAGCUGUCCAUCAGGGCAAAGAAUGAAAUGUCCAAGAAAAUUCCCUCUGAAUCUUCGGUUCACUCCAUUACUGUCCACAGAGAGGAAACAUCUGUCAUGCGCACUGUCUCUCCUUACCAGGUAGCUAUAUCCCCAAUGGAGCAGAAAGCCACCCCAGUCCGGGUCAUCGGUGGACUGGUAACUGGAGCAUUGCUACUUGCAGCUCUGGUGUCAGCUGUUUUCUGUUUAAUUCGACAUAGCUACAAAAGGCUGCGUAAAAAGUUCAAAACUCAUGCAGGUGCCGGGGAGUGCGGAGAGGAAGGUUUUGCUUAUCUUAAUUUCACACUGAUUCUCCCAUUCACUACAAGCUCAGUUCCAGUUCAUUCGGCGCUAAGAGAAGAGUUGCUGAGUGGUCUCCGCAAUGUGUUGGUAGAUCGUAGUAAACUGACCCUGGGCAAAGAGCUUGGAAAAGGGGAAUUUGGAGCAGUCUACGAGGGAAUAUAUUCACCUUCAGAGGGGACGAAGAUCAAAGUGGCAGUGAAAACCAUGCGAGUUGGAAUACACUGUCACGAGGAUCUGGAAUCGUUCCUUAAGGAGGCAGAGAUAAUGCAACACUUCAACCAUGACAAUGUUGUCAACUUGCUAGGGGUCACUCUAGAGCAGGAACAGGACUCUCCCACUCCCGUGCCUCUUGUCAUCUUGCCCUACAUGAAACAUGGAGACCUGCGUCGCUUCCUCAUCGCGACCCGCUACGGUGACAUUCCCAUGUUUGUGCCAUAUCAGUGUCUCCUGCGUUUUAUGGUGGAUAUUGCUGCUGGUAUGGAAUAUCUCAGCUCUCACGGCUUCAUCCACAGAGACCUGGCUGCACGCAAUUGCAUGUUGGGCGACGACUUGCGUGUGCGUGUGGCUGACUUUGGCCUGUCUAAAAAGAUCUACAGCAGUAACUAUUAUCGGCAGAAGGUUGCUAUCCGAAUGCCAAUCAAGUGGAUGGCUAUUGAAAGCUUGUCAGAAUCCAUGUACACCACCAAAAGUGAUGUGUGGUCUUUUGGAGUGACCAUGUGGGAGAUUGUCUCCAGAGGAAGGACACCUUAUCCAGGGGUGUCCAACCAUGAACUCCUGGACUUGCUGGAAACUGGCCACCGCCUCAGACAAGGAGAAUGUGAUGAAAAACUAUAUGAUGUAAUGAUGAGCUGCUGGCACAGGGAUCCCUUGCAGAGGCCUUGUUUUGGAGAACUGGGUGAGAGGCUCAAAGUCCUGCUGUCAGAACUACCACCACUGGAGGCCAGUAAGGAGGCACAUUACAUCAACCUGGGACUUGAGGCAGCCAACCAGGCAGGUGCCAGUGGUGUGGACCCUGACGCAGAGGGAGCUGCUGGGAAUGUAUACCUACCUGCCCCGGUGGCCACUGUAGCCUCUCCAAAAGAAGAUGAGGAAGGAUACUUGGUCUGCAUUAAAGCUGGCUCUGCUCACAGGCCAGCGGAUUAG